UUUAUUUUUAUUUAUACUUUGGCUUGGUGAUUCAAAAUAAGCCAAACUUCAAAUUUUCUUUAGAAAAAUCGAAAUUAUCCAUCUAAAAAAUUACAUUACCACUUGUUAAGGCCUGUGUUCGUGAAAUUUAAAUUUACCGCAAAUACCUCAUCGGAGUGGGGAAGUUCCAACUUGCUUGGUAAAGGCAGAAUAAUGGGUCGUUAUACAUUGAAGCUGAAAACCAAAACUGGCCAGCAGCACAUUGUCAGCAAUCUGGAACCGAACACAACGGUUCAAUCGUUGAAGGAUCGUAUCACGGAGCUGACCACGAUUCCGACUGAAGGGCUACAUGUGGUGCUAGGCUUUCCGCCCUUCAGGCAGCUUGAUCUGAGUCAAAACGAGGCCUUGAUAUCGACCAUCGGAAUCACCAAUGGCGAUACGCUGAUCGUCGAGGAGAAGCUGCUCAGCGAGGAGGAACGCCAGCAGCUGGCCAAAGCAAAACGGAUGCAGGAGGACGAAAAACUGGCUCGAGAGCUGGCCGCCCAGGGCGAAGAGGGAUCCGGCAUUCUGAUGAAGCAGGUCGUGCCGAGCGAUAAUUCCUGCUUGUUCACUAGCAUCGGAUUUGUUUUAACCGGUAAAGUGGAUCCGGAAAGUAGUCAGUACAUGCGCCAAAUUAUCGUCUCGACCGUGAAUGCCGACAAGCAGGAGUACAACGAAGGCAUUCUAGGUCGACCGAACGAGGAGUACUGUGCUUGGAUUUUGCAGCCGGACUCGUGGGGUGGCGCGAUUGAAGUUUCGAUCCUGUCAGCAUAUCAUGGGAUAGAAUUCGACGUCGUGGACAUCACCAAUGCCAUUAUCAUUCGAUUCGGCGAGGACAGAAACUAUGGCAUGCGAGCGUUCUUGCUUUUCGAUGGCAUCCACUAUGAUCCAUUGUAUCUAGAAUCGACCUCGGGUGAACCACCGAAAACUAUCUUCCCGAUCGAGGACCAGGCUGUGUACAUGCAGGCCGAGCAGCUGGCCCAGGAGGCAAAAUCUUCCCGUCAGUUCACCGACGUCAACAAAUUCACCCUGCGCUGCAUCGAUUGCGAUUGCAUGCUCAAGGGCCAGGUGGAGGCUCAGCAGCACGCUAAAAAGACUGGUCACGUCAACUUCGGGGAGGUUUGAGGUUCGAGUUGAUUAGCAAACGAACGUUUCGAUCUGUCGAGCAUUUGUAGAAAUUUGUAUACCUCCUAUAUAGAUUUUUAUUCCCAAAUAGAAUACCUCUGGCCGAAACCACACACUUCGAAUAAAUGGACCUCCUGUUGAGGGUUCGAUCGAUUUCAACUGCUAGUAGUCAAACGUGGUUUUCGGAUGAAUCAAACCCGGUUUCGGUAUUGACUCAAAAUAUAACAAAUAUUAAUAGCUUUUAUCACAUGUUGAGGUAACAUUAGGUGCGAAUCUUCGACUUUGCUUGAGCUAGUUUAUAUUUCUUUUUUUUUUUCUUUUGGACUGAGUGAACUUCUGAAAUCAUGCAAUUGAAAAUGCAUGGAAAAUAAAAUUAAUAAAUUUUUGUGUAACGUUAACAUAGGCGUUUAAUAAAUUCACAUCAAAGCAA